AACGCUUCAGUCUCCUUUCAAAGCUCGCUCCGUGCGGUCGUCUCGAGGGCGUGCCUCCGUAAGUUGUCUGUUUCAACGGGUUGCGAUUCGAAACCGUGUUGAAGUGACUGUGAGCAGUGCUUAUUUAUAUUGAAUUUUCCGUGCUUUAUCAAUUAAACAAUUAGUUAAAACCUGUGACAAUCCGUAAGUGGAUGCGCGUGCAGGAAAGAUACGUUCCUAGAAUCUGUCGCUGAUGGCUGUCCGAAGUUGAGUCGCAACAUGUCGCCCGCCGUUCGACAGUUGUCGGUCGCCGUAGCGCUCGCUUUGUUUGCGGCCAGCCUAUGCUCCGCUAGGGAUGUCAUCUUAGACGACACGACCAGCGUGAUAGCGGCGAGUGCAAACGAGAGGCUGCGGCUGGUUUGCGGACAACGAGCGACACGGGCCGAGCGAGUGACGUGGUACAAGGACGAGAAACCCAUCAACAACCAGUUAAAGUCCAGAUUUUUGCAGCAGAGGCAAUCGUUGCGAAUAAAAAGCUUUCGUCCGGAAGACGCAGGAGUGUACAGCUGCGUUAAUCAGGAUAGUCUCAAAGAACUGAGAGUCACCAUCAAACAUAAGCCUGAUUAUGACCAGGAUGUGGUAGAAGAAUAUGAAGCCGAUGUAAGCGAUGGAUUUGUAACAGAAAUAUUAUCAAAUCGAAAUUCGAAUGAAGAUGAAAUGUUACGUCUCAAAAACGACAGAUACGUACGGAAUCUAAAACUAAAAGAAUUCGAUAGCAGUAAGAAUGAUGAAUUAAAUGAUAAAGAUAUCAGUCACGAAGUUGAUGAUAGUUCUAUGAAGUUCGCUCCUAGAUUUGUACAUCCACAGAGAAUGUUCAAUUCGAAAACAAAGCAAGUCGGAUCUUUUAUCAAACUGAAAUGCAUUGCCGAAGGCAACCCAACUCCGACUAUAGACUGGAAGAAAAAUAAUGCGUCUAUUGUGAGGAAUGUCCCUCCUAUAUACACGAAAUGGUCUGUUGACAUUGAGGAACUGAGUAAAAGCGAUGAAGGGAAUUACACGUGUGUGGUAUGCAAUGAAUUGGGAUGUAUUGAACAUAAUGUGGAGCUUAAUGUUGCAGACAACCAAUCUCAUGAUAUUGAUGUUACUCACCCAAUGCCGGAAAUAUUAUCGCAACGAAGAGCAGCCGCUCUUGUUGAAAAUAAUACAGAAGAACAUAAAAAUCCAACAGAACAUACAAGAUCUACAAAAAGUUUAAAACCUAGAGAAUACGACAACACAAAAGAUGAUGAUCCAGAUGAAAGGAAUGAUAAAGAUCAUCCAGCUUACGGUGCGAUGGAUAACUCAACUACAAAAUCUCCGCCUAAAUUUAAACAUCCACAAAAAAUGUUCAAAACAGAGAUGAAGCCGGCUGGAAGUACUAUUAGACUGAAAUGUGCAGCCGAAGGUAAUCCUACUCCAAAUAUAACAUGGACGAAGAACAAUGGACCAAUAGGCAGGAGUUUCUUUCCUCCAAACUAUGGAAAGUGGUCAAUAGAGCUCACUGAGUUGACCAAGAAUGACGAUGGUAACUACACAUGCAAUGUCUGCAACGAACUCGGUUGCAUCACGCACAACGUUGAAGUCAACAUCAUUGAGCGUGUUUACGCGAAACCAGUACUUACAAAGGGCGUGGUGAAUCAAACCAAGCUCGUUGGUGAAACUGCUCACUUCAGCUGCUCAUUCCUCUCAGACAUGCAUCCUUAUAUCUACUGGAUGUAUAUUGCAAAAGAUGAAUAUGUAUAUACAGAUGUAGAUCCAAAUGGUUCUACAAAUUCGAUGGCGUACACUGAUGUUAAUAAGAUUAAGAUGUCUGAUAAUCCUGAUGACAAACCAGAGCAUUUAACUAUUUAUAAUGUAACAAAGGAUGACGAGGGUUGGUACGUUUGUAUUGCUAGCAAUGGACUUGGAAACUCUACUGCUAUAGGAUACCUUACUGUUAUGGAUUCCAUGCCAGAACCUGAACAAUUAGAUACGGGGAAGCACACUCUUCUCAUAAAUAUACUGACUGUGGUACUCGGUGCUAUGUUUGUGGUAGCUGCUAUCAUAGUACUGAUGAUUUUCAAAAAGCUAAAACGAGAAAAGAUAAAGAAACAGCUGGCUAUAGAGACAGCAAGAGCGGUGAUAGUAACGCAUUGGACGAAGAAAGUGACAGUAGAGAAACCACAGAUGAAUGGGUCGCCCAACGCUUCUGGAGAAGCUUUGCUGAUGCCAGUAGUUAAGAUAGAGAAACAGAAAUUAUCACAAGUUCAAGGUCACACAACUGACUCAAUGAUGAUGUCCGAAUACGAAUUGCCAGUAGACAUAGACUGGGAGGUGGCGAGGGAGACCCUACUGUUGGGGAAGGUGCUGGGUGAGGGAGAAUUCGGAAAAGUAGUCAAGGCCGAGUGUGUUGGGAUAGUAAAACCUGGCGUGCCAUCGGUUGUAGCUGUCAAAAUGUUAAAAGAAGGUCACACAGACGCUGAAAUGAUGGCUCUGGUUUCUGAGAUGGAGAUGAUGAAAAUGAUCGGGAAGCAUGUGAAUAUAAUUAACUUGCUCGGUUGCUGUACACAAGAUGGACCACUCUACGUCAUUGUUGAGUACGCUCCCAACGGCAACCUUAGGGAGUACUUGAGGAAUCACAGACCUGGGAACAGAUACGAGCCACUACCAACUGAGAACUUGAAAGAGAAGAAAACUCUGACGCAAAAAGAUCUCGUGUCAUUUUCUUAUCAAGUCGCCAGGGGAAUGCAGUAUUUAGCAUCAAGAAGGUGUAUACAUCGAGACUUGGCAGCUCGAAACGUCCUAGUUUCAGACAACUGUGUGCUGAAAAUCGCGGACUUUGGUCUCGCGAAAGACGUGCACAGUAACGACUACUACCGCAAGAAGACGGAGGGCAGGCUCCCGGUGCGGUGGAUGGCGCCCGAGUCCUUGUACCACAAAGUGUUCACCACGCAAACUGACGUGUGGUCAUUCGGUGUGCUGCUAUGGGAGAUCAUGACACUGGGUGGCACGCCGUACCCGACGGUGCCCGGACAGUACAUGUACCAGCACCUCAGCGCCGGACACCGCAUGGAGAAGCCUCCCUGCUGCAGCCUAGAGAUUUACAUGCUAAUGCGGGAGUGUUGGUCCUUCUCUCCCGGAGACAGGCCGUCAUUCACAGAGUUGGUUGAGGACCUCGACAAGAUCCUCACAGUUACGGCCAACCAGGAGUACCUGGAUCUAGGUUUGCCACAACUGGACACACCUCCGUCGAGUUACGAUGGCUCAGGCGACGAGAGCGAUAGUGAAUUCCCUUUUAUAAAGUGAAUUGUGAUGCAAUGACUCGGUUUUGAAACUGUAUCAGUGUAAAGAACAGAAGUUUUGAAUUAAAUGACUUUAUAUACAAAAAUCGUGGAGACAAUAAUGCAAUUGUUGAUGUGUAUAUAUAUAUAUAUAUAUAUA